CUCUGUGUGUGAGACGCCAUUUUGCAGGAAAGUUUGGAAUUUGUGGACCUGAGGAGGAGGAGGAGGAGAAGGAGGAGGAGAAGGAGUGAAAAAAGAGGAAGAAGCAGAGAAAGAGAGGAGGGAUUUCCACGGACAGAAGUUUGACACGAACGCACAACGCAGCCCGUGUGUCUGCGGGGGGAGAACACUCCGAGGGGGGCAAGUGUGCGGACCAGUGCCGGGAUAAGUUGGCACGGCUUCGGGUGCCACCAGGCUGGACUUGGAAGUUUUUUUAUUUUUAGGAGUAUCCGCUGGAGCUCCGGGGCCGGGCGGUGCGGGCCGUGUCUUCCGCGUCCCAGUCGCUCGGAGCCGCCUCUCCACUUUUCCAGCCCGGGUCUCCGCGGCGGUCAGCGGUCACCCCGCGCGCUGCACGCCGGGGCACGGAGCCUCUGCGGCGCGGAAGCGCGGCUCGGACGCUCGGUGGCAGCUGGAGCUCCGCGGUGGCCCGUGCGGGUGUAGUUUGACCCGGGACCGGUCCGUGUGUCCGUUCAGUAGUUUAUCUCGGGAGACUCGGGGCUGUUCGUGUCAGUUUCACCCGGACUCGGAGUUUGUUUUGUCGGAGGGGAACUUGGUGUCGUCGUGGACGGAUUUUCUCCGACUUGGAGCCGUGACAGCGGGCUUUAACUGGAGGAAUACCCACCCGAACCCGUCCUGUGAGGGGGGUGUAUGCGGCCAGAGGAGAAGUAGCUCCGUUCCAAGCCGAGCCAGACCCAACCAUGCCAGUCAGAAAGAAAGAUGCCCAGCGGGCCCUGCUGCUGUUGGAGGAGUACCGGGCCAAGCUGAACCACACCGAGGACCGGCAGCUGCGACACUCCAUCCAGAGGGUCAUCGACAUCUUCCAGAGCAACCUGUUCCAGGCCCUCAUAGAUAUCCAGGAAUUUUACGAAGUGACCUUAUUGGACAGUCAGAGGUGGGUGGAGUCUUCCAAGGGGGCGGACCCCAUGGCACCCGUCAACCUGUGGGAUUUCUCCAGCCUUCAAAGCACAACGGUGACCUCGGACACUCUGCCCAGCCUUAGCACCAGCAUCGAGGACUCCCCCCUCCUAAAUGAAAUCCUGCACACGUUGGCGCAGGCCAAACACCCGUACGGCCGCCACAAGCACAAGUACCGGCACCACGAUGAGGACUCGUCCCCCCAGGACCAGAGCUCGCCCCAGCUCACCGAGGAGGCGGGGGGGCCGGAGCUGGUUCAGGUCUCCGAGAAGAACAUCUCCCAGAUCGAGAAUGUGCAUGGAUACGUCAGCCAUGCCCACAUCUCACCCAUGAAGGCCAACCCUCCUCCUGUGGUCGUCAACACCGACAGCCUGGACACGCCUCCAUAUGUAAACGGGACCGAGGCGGACUAUGAGUACGAGGAGAUCACACUGGAGCGGGGCAACUCGGGGCUGGGCUUCAGCAUUGCAGGUGGCACCGACAACCCCCACAUCGGUGAAGACCCCAGCAUCUUCAUCACCAAAGUCAUCCCUGGAGGGGCGGCCGCUCAGGAUGGACGGCUCAGGGUGAACGAUGUCAUCCUGCGAGUGAACGAGGUGGACGUUCGCGACGUGACGCACAGCCGGGCCGUGGAGGCGCUGAAGGAGGCGGGGUCUCUGGUCCGGCUCUACAUCCGCAGGAGGAAACCAGUGUCCGAGAAGGUGAUGGAGAUCAAACUGGUGAAAGGACCCAAAGGUCUGGGCUUCAGUAUAGCAGGCGGAGUGGGGAACCAGCACAUCCCUGGAGACAACAGCAUCUACGUCACAAAGAUCAUCGAGGGCGGAGCUGCACAUAAGGACGGGAGGCUGCAGAUCGGAGACAAGCUGAUGGCUGUGAACAGUGCUUGUCUGGAGGAGGUGAGCCACGAACACGCCGUCACUGCCUUGAAAAACACUCCUGACGUGGUUUACUUGAAAGUGGCAAAACCCAACAGUGUCUUCAUGAAUGACAGCUUUGCUCCCCCCGACCUCACCAACUCUUAUUCUCAGCACAUGGAGAACCAUAUCAGCCCCCCCAACUUCCUGGGACAGACCCUCCCCCCGCCGGCCUCUUCCGGACGCUACUCCCCGACACCCAAGAGCAUGCUGGGAGAUGACGACGUCAGCAGGGAACCCAGGAAGGUGGUUCUACACAGAGGGGCGACGGGCCUGGGCUUCAACAUCGUGGGAGGAGAAGACGGAGAGGGGAUCUUCAUCUCCUUCAUUCUGGCAGGAGGACCAGCAGACCUGUGUGGAGAACUGAGGAAAGGAGACCGACUGGUGUCUGUGAACGGCGUCGACCUCCGAAAUGCCACCCACGAACAGGCGGCGGCCGCUCUGAAGAACGCCGGGCAGACAGUGACCAUCAUCGCCCACUACAGACCUGAAGAGUACAGCCGCUUCGAGGCCAAGAUCCACGACCUGAGGGAGCAGAUGAUGAACAGCAGCAUCAGCUCUGGCUCCGGCUCCCUGAGGACCAGCCAGAAGAGGUCGCUGUACGUCAGGGCCCUGUUCGACUACGACAAGACCAGGGACUCAGGUCUGCCCAGUCAGGGACUCAACUUCAAGUUCGGGGACAUCCUCCACGUGGUCAACGCCUCCGACGACGAGUGGUGGCAGGCGAGACAGCUGACGGCUCAGGGGGAGGUGGAGGAGGUGGGGGUGAUCCCCAGCAAAAGGAGGGUUGAGAAGAAGGAGAGGGCGAGACUAAAGACGGUGAAGUUCAACGCCAAGUCUCGAGACCGGGGGUCUCUCAAUGACAAGCGUAAAAAGAACCUCUUUUCCCGAAAGUUUCCGUUCUACAAGAGCAAAGAGGCGAGUGAGCAGGAGACCAGCGACGCCGAUCAACAUGUGACGUCUAACGCCAGCGAUAGUGAGAGUAGCUACCGUGGGCAGGAGGAGUACGUCCUGUCGUAUGAACCCGUCAUUCAACAGGAAGUGAGCUACACUCGUCCCGUCAUCAUCCUCGGCCCCAUGAAGGAUCGGAUCAACGACGACCUGAUCUCCGAGUUCCCUGAUAAGUUCGGAUCCUGCGUCCCACAUACGACUCGGCCGAAGCGCGACUACGAGGUGGACGGCAGAGAUUAUCACUUCGUGGUGUCCAGGGAGCAGAUGGAGAAGGACAUCCAGGACCACAAGUUCAUCGAGGCCGGACAGUACAACAACCACCUGUACGGGACCAGUGUCCAGUCGGUCCGAGAGGUGGCCGAGAAGGGUAAACACUGUAUCCUGGACGUUUCUGGAAACGCCAUCAAGCGGCUCCAGCUGGCUCAGCUUCAUCCCAUCGCCAUCUUCAUCAAACCCAAAUCUGUGGAGAACAUCAUGGAGAUGAACAAGCGUCUGACGGAGGAACAGGGCAGGAAAACCUUCGACAGAGCCACCAAACUGGAGCAGGAGUUCACUGAGCAUUUCACAGCCAUCGUGCAGGGCGACACCCUGGAGGAGAUCUACGACCAGGUGAAGCAGAUCAUCGAGGAACAGUCGGGUCCGUUCAUCUGGGUCCAGUCCAAGGAGAAGUUAUGAAGCCACUCCUCCUUUCACGGCCCCGCCCCCCUGACCUCCGACCUCUGAUUAACCCCGCGCCGGCUGAACAGAGUGAUUGUUGUUCUUUUUAGUUGUGGUUCUUUCGGCCCGGUCGGGGCUCGGCCGUCGGGUUCUACCGGAGACCAGCAGAGUUAAAGCACACGGAACGGUACCGACGCCGCUUCAGGACAAGAAACGUACGAAGAAGCGCUUUGUCUUUAGUUCUUUUGUUUGUUUGUUUGUGGGUUUUUCCUCCUUUUCUUUGGUCUCCAUGGUGACGUGUUGGACAGACAGACGGUUUCAGUCUCAGGCAGCGUCCUUCAGUUCAGGUGAAGACGGAGACUCAAAAAGCCCGACUUUGCACGUCGGAGCUUGAACAGCAUGUCUGUCAACCCCGUCGGUUUCCCAUCAGCCCCUGCUCCUCCUCGUCUCCACGUGUUUUGUUUCUUUUGGGUUUUUUAUACAUUUCAGUGGAUUCGUGUUAAGUUCGGUCGGAUUUUUUUGCCACGGGACGUUUGUUCGGGCGCUGUGCGGUUCAUGUUCCGCCACCGGAGGGCGCCGCACGCCCCAAAAAAACGCCCGUCGAACCACAUGAAACCGACCCGCGAUGACUGAUUUAUUCGUAUUCUGCACACGAUGUUUUUAGAUCAACUCCGAUUUCACCACCGGACGUUUUUAACUUUUUACUCGGACACGUGAACGACAUUUCACUGUAAAAGACGUCAUCACUCAAAUGGAAAAUCGAUCCGAGCUGCAUCCGUUAAACCGUUUCCACUCGAAGCAGCGUCGACGGCGCCUUUUAAUGAAAGCAAAACGCAGAAAUGAGGAAAAUAUUUGAACAUUAAGACAGUUCGUACCGAAAAGGACCACGUUUUCAAUACUUAAAUACUAAAUGUUUAAUUCUAACUCGUAAAUGACAAAGGAAAUUUUCUUCAAUUUGACAAAUUUCUAAAACGUUAUGACAGCGACUUGUGAAAAACUAUGACACGAAAAGUCAUAGGAUCAAAAAAGACAAACGAGCUCAUGGGUAAUUAACAGUGAAUUCGACUCCUGACAAAAACCGGACUGGAUUCAACGGACUGGACUCGGACCCGUCACGGUUCCAUCCGGUCGUCGUCGGUUUCAUCCUUGUCCCGCCGCGUCCUCAGUGUCUUAACAUGAACACGUGUCGCUUUGUGUUUGUGAAGCCGAGCCGCCGCCGCCUCCUGGCGUCCACACGCGUGACGACGAUGCAAACGUGCAGGCGUUUAUUGUACAAUGAGAUUUUGAGACAGAUAUUUAACCCUGGGUAAACUGCCUAUUUUGUUAUAAUAAAGUCUAUAUUGAACUUUACUUAAGCACUACUACUACGGGAAUUAUUUUCUUUGCAUUGCUAAUCAUAUAUGAAUAGAAAAGUAUAAAGAUAUUUGAAUAUGAAUAUAUAUUUUUUCUUUUUCUUCGAUCACCACCUCCUCUGUCUUUUAAUUUUCUUUUUUAAGCAUAAAUAAAAAUUAACAAGAAACC